CUGUCCGAAUGCUGGCAAACUUGUUUGUGGUGUACCGAAUGUGCUUGUAUUGGAACCAAAAGCAGGUGGUGCGGAUGUAACUGUGGCUGCUUGAGUUCCGAAUGAAAAUCCAAAAGCGGCUAGAAUUAUUGUGCAUUUAACUCGUUAGAAAAUCAAUUAACAAAAGGAAAAUUUGAAUUAGCGUGAGAAACAAAAAAGUGUUGUUUACUGUUGUAUCUAGAUCCAAUUUUCGUUUAGUGAUAUGAAGUGAUUCAAGUAAGAGUUAGAGAACAGAUUUAUAAGCCUUGAUAUCUAGUGCUGUAUAUCAGUCAUAUUGCCAGUUAUUAAUCUUUAAUUAUUUCUAUUAUGAUAAUUAAAGCAGCUCCAAGUCAUCGAUUUAUUGCAUACAAAUAAGCAAAGAAGCUUUUGUGUACCUUUAUAGAAGAAGUUCCGCUGGUGAUCAAUUCUGAGAAUAGUCAGGAAUCUGAUCGAUCGGAAUUUGAAGGGAUUAUGUCUGUUGACAAAAUUAGGCACUUUUACAUUACCGUCUCAGUUACAUUAACGUCUGUUUUACUAUUAUUGAUUAUUUAUGGAUGUUGCAUUUAUAGAAAGAGAAGGCUUGAAGAUUUAAACAAAAGAAAUGAAGUUCUAGCAAGAAGGAGAUCUAGAGGAUUGGGUGAUGGACAGACUAAUUCUACUGAGAGGCAUUUACAUCAAAAAUUAAUUAAUUAACUGGAUGAUAUUUUAACCUAACAUCAUUUAUUUCCCGGAAAAAUAUUAUUUCUCUUAUUUACUCACGUUUGGCUGGUGUACUCGUACUUCCUAGUGCCGGUGCGCUUGUAUUACCAAAAUUGAACGACAUUUUAAAGGUCCUAUGCUUCUAUUAACACUAUAAUUCUUUAAAUUCUGUAAAUUUCAAAAUCAAAACAAACAAAAAAUGUUUUGCAAAUUGAGG